AGCUUUUUCUUCUUCUAGUGUCUGGGCUGUUUACUGUUGUUUUGAAGUUAUUUUCAUUCUGUAUUUCUUGUUUUUACUCUUGCAUUUAGCAUUAGUUCUUUUGUUCCUCAGCUUUUUACUUGAUUGAAUACAAGUUGGUUUGCCAAGUAAUUCUUGUUGCUGUUUAUUCUUUUGGGUCUUUGAUUUUCUCUAAUGGGUUUUCAUUUUUUUUUGGUUGUUAAGUGCAUUCGGCAAUCAAGAGACUCGAACUUUCCAUAAAUUUGGUGCAUCAAAGAAGAGAAUUUGUUGGUUUUCUUUGCUUGUCUUGAUCUUGAUUGUUCAGGUGGACUUUCCUGGUUAAUGUUGAAGUGGCCAUAAAGAGUUACUGUUGAGACUCAGCUGUGGUUUUGGAGAUCAUGUUACAGUGAAAAGGUUAAGAAAGAUAGCUUUUUUUGUGCUUUUUCUUGAAUUGAACUUGGUUUAAUUUGUUCUUGGGUGGUUCUAUUGCAUGUAAUGGAGUCCUGGAGUUAUGUUUCUGGGGAGAAGGGAUCUGCAUCUGAUGCAGCAAUUUCUCCUUCUGAUUCUUAUGCAAGAAAUAGAUGUGCCUUUAUGAACUGGGAGUUAAAAGGUCCAUAUAGUUUUGGUAGCAACAUGCCAGUCUCAGGACAACAAACAAUUGAGAAUCAUGCUUUUGAGGAAUUGGGGUAUGGAGAAUUGAUAGGAAAACAGUUACCUAAUGAUUCAAUUGGGGAUGUUUUAAGUAGCAAAGUUAGUAGGGCAAGAACUGUAAAUCCAAUAAUGGCUGCCCUGAAUGCCUUUUCUGGGGACAAUGAGUCUACUUCGAAGCUUUCGAGCUCUGUAGUGGACUCAAAUAGUCGGGAUUCUUCACUGAUAGAUUUAAAGCUGGGAAGAUUUCCUGAUUAUAGAGAUGGUCAAAAUUUUAGUUUUUCUAUAGGACCUCCCAUUUUAUCUUCAUCUGAGUCAUCUACACCCCCAAGGAGAGUUCGAGCAGCAGGAGUACAUUCUCAUACUGCCUACUGCCAAGUUUAUGGCUGUAACAAGGAUCUCACUUCCUCAAAAGACUACCACAAGAGGCACAGAGUUUGUGAUGUUCACUCAAAAAGUGCAAAAGUUAUUGUUAAUGGAAUUGAACAACGGUUUUGUCAACAAUGCAGCAGGUUUCAUUUGCUGGCUGAAUUUGAUGAUGGUAAGCGCAGCUGUCGUAAACGCCUUGCUGGCCAUAACGAGCGGCGGAGAAAACCUCAAGUUGGUGUUCGCUCUGGGAGAACUGGAACGUUACUUGAGCAAUAUAAUGGCUUUGCUGGUGGCAGAUUUCAUGGGACUAUGUUGACAACUUCAUCCUUUAUUUGCCAAGAUAUACUACCUAGUGGCCUUUUGCAUCCUGAGAAGUAUGUAACAAAUGAAUGGGGCAAACGGAUAAAAGUUGAAGAUGGGACUGAUUAUAGCCCUCUUUCUGCCAUUUCCAUCGCCAAUGGGCAUUUUCGUUUAAAAUUCCCCCACCCUCCUAGUGGUAUUGAGAAAGUUUUUCCCUCUUUUCAUGAUCAUGGAGCUAAUACAGUGACUGGAGGCAUCUUGGGUGAGAACAAUGCGCAAUAUCCUCAUGAUUUUGGCGGAUCUAAUUCUGGAUCACGCCCUUUAUUCCAAGACACCUCGUUAGGAAGUGAAGACAUCAAUGUUUUCAAUGCAGCAUCAACCAUUCAAGGAUUAUCUGGGAUUUCAGAUUCUGGUUGUGCUCCCUCUCUUCUGUCAUCUCAACCACAGAACUCUUCCAGCCACUCAUCAGGAAUCCCCAUGGCUCGUUCCCUGGUUAUUCCAGGCAACCAUACCCAUUACAACAUGAGUCAAGUCUCAGAAAAGCUCAUUGGAGUUAGCUCGCAGGCUUCAACUACUGGGGUGUCAAAUAAGUUCUCUUCAUCAGGGAUAAAUUCAACUGAAGGCAGUCACUUGGGUGCCCUACUGAUAUCUGAUGGUAAUGAAGCUGCCAACUUUGAUAUCACUGAUAGGAUUUACCAAGGUUCUCAAUUCAUGAAUGCCAAGGAUCGCCUAUCAUGCGAAGACGGACCGACUAUUGACUUGCUUCAGCUUUCAUCACAGCUUCAGCGAGUGGAGCAUCAAAGACAAUCUAUGCAGGUGAAGCAGGAAAAUGAGGCGUUCUGCUGCCUUCGAAUCACUUAAGUACAGAUCAUAUAAGGAAAGUAAAGAUGGUUAAAUGUUCAUUAUCAUAUUAAGUGAUGAAUACAUAAAAUAUCUACUCAAAAGUGGAAUGGGGAAAAUUUUAACAAGAUGAAAUGUUGAUGCUCUAGGAUCUUUCCUUUUUUGACUACUAAGAUCAUUUUCAUAUGAUAUUCCUAAUAAAUUAUAUACCUCAUUGUAUGACCUGUCCUUUUUAUACUAUUAAGAUCAUUUUCAAUAUGAUAUUUCUGAUAAAUCAUAUACCUCAUUGAAACUGGAGCAAUAUCGCUGUAAAACAAAAUUUGGCUGAAAGCAUAAGCGAGUUUAUCAGUUGAAUUUUAAGCCACAAUUGAGUAUAAUUAAAAAUGACUUAAGCUGACGUGAUAUUCCCUUAGCAAAAAGUGUGAAUAAUUGCUUAAAUGAAACCAUG